UGUUAAUUAAUUUAAGUAAAAUUUUUUUUGCACAAAGCAACAACAAAAAAAUAAUUAUUUCAAAAAAAAUGUUACAUACAAACGGUAUUAUAUUGGCUUUAGUGUCAAUAGCUGUCACAACAUGUAAAGCGCUGCCAGAUCUACAAAAACAAAUGUCGCCGCAUCAAUUGCGAGCAAUAUUUCACGUUGAUACAUACGAUUCAAUACCAAACUAUGAAAUUGUACAAUUAUUACAUCACAAUAGCGACGCCGAAGCGUUCAACCAUUUACCUCAUUAUAGACGUCGUAGACGUAGCAUAGAAGACACGCUGCCAACCGAAACCGAAAUUCAUCAGCCCAUAAAAAAGGAUUUAAGUAAAACUGCCUAUUAUAGCAAAUUAAAACGGGAGCAAUAUAAACGGAAUGAACAUGUGAAUAGCGUGUACGCUGGACUGGCGGAUGAUUUACGAAAGGAAUUUAAAAAAGAACAUAAAAUCACAUUUGAAGCGUUCGGUGAAAAUAUAAAUUUAACGCUGCGACCGACACAAGGUUUAUUCAAAGAUGCAGGCGGAGCACAUAAGCUACCCAUGUGGUAUGUGCAUCCGGAGGCGAACGCAACCAACGGUUUGAAUAUACAAAAAAUUGAAGAUGAGGAUUCUUACUCAAGUGAACAUAUCGGCGAAGUUUAUCAAGACGAGGACAACAUGGCGGCCGUAUUAAUGAGACGCCACGAAGUGACAGGCGAUCUAGUUAUGGAAGGCAGUAUUGGUCACGAUUUGGUAAUUAAACCGUUACCGCAUAAUUUAAGCCCAAAUAAGGACAAAUCACAUCAUGUCAUAUAUAAACGUAAUACUUUGCCGUUGGAUCAUUUAAGUGAUUUCGCUUUUAUGGAACCGGAUGAUUUAAAGUUUAACGCAAAAUUACAAAGAAGACGACGUUCUUUUAAUCGCCAACAUCGUACCACAUUGGAUGAUAUCGAAAUGGAAGAAGAAUUUUUGGAAGCCGAAGAUCACAUUGAAAAUGACGAAUUGGCGGCACAUCAACGAGACAAACGUCAAGCUCCUUAUAUAAUUUAUCCAGAAAUUUUAGUUAUUGUUGAUUAUGAUGGUUAUCGUUUGCACGGCGGUGAUAAUUUACAGGUGAAGCGUUACUUCAUCUCCUUUUGGAACGGUGUAGAUUUACGUUAUCGUUUACUGAAGGGUCCUAGAAUACGCAUUAGUAUUGCUGGCAUUAUCAUUUCAAGGGGUCGUGACGCUACACCCUAUUUGGAAAGAAAUCGCGUGGGACGUGACGCCAUAGAUUCCGCUGCUGCUUUAACAGAUAUGGGUAAAUAUUUAUUCCGCGAAAGACGUCUACCAGUCUAUGAUAUCGCCGUAGCCAUAACAAAACUUGAUAUGUGUCGACGUGCCACUGAAAAUGAUGAAUGUAAUCGUGGUACUGCAGGCUUCGCUUACGUGGGAGGAGCUUGUGUUGUAAACAAACGUUUAGAGAAAGUGAACAGUGUGGCGAUUAUUGAAGACACCGGUGGUUUUAGCGGCAUCAUUGUGGCUGCACACGAAGUGGGACAUUUACUUGGUGCUGUUCACGAUGGUUCGCCUCCGCCCAGUUAUUUGGGCGGGCCGGGAGCGCAACGCUGUCGUUGGGAAGAUGGUUACAUAAUGUCUGAUUUACGACAUACCGAAAGAGGGUUCCGUUGGUCACCGUGUACCGUGCAAAGUUUUCAUCAUUUUUUAAACGGUGAUACUGCCACCUGUUUGCAUAACGCUCCUCAUGAGGACAGUGCUUUGGGUCGUUCGCUACCUGGCACCUUACUGUCAUUGGAUGCUCAAUGCCGUCGGGAUCGUGGCACCUACGCCUGUUUUAAGGAUGAACGAGUCUGUGCUCAACUAUUUUGCUUUGAUGCUCAAACAGGCUACUGUGUAGCCUAUAGGCCAGCUGCUGAAGGUUCGUCAUGCGGUAACGGUCUGCACUGCCUGGAUGGUCGAUGUUCAACUCUGCCAUCGAAUGCUGUAAAUUACGGAUCGACCAAAGUCGGUUACAACGCCAGCAGCAGUAAUCAGGAACGUCAUCUACAUAACGGGGAGGAUGAAGACAGCUUUGAUGACUUGGACGAUGAAACUAGAGGCGGAUUUGCUUUCGUUGAGGAAAAUGAGGAAAACAAUGAGGCUAUUGAAAAACAAAAACGUAAGUUUUCUCUUCCCGUUCCUGGUCCUCCUCCCCAAACUUCUCAUGCCAUCAGCACAACCACCACCAUUACUUCCAUCACCAACACCAUCACCAGCAUGCAGCAGCAAGCUUCUUCCACACCACUGCCUACCACUACUGCUCCUAUAGCUGUUGUCGGCACAUCUCGUUAUGGUUUUAAAUCAACAACAACGCGUAAUUAUAAUCCGACACAUGUAUUCUUUGAAAACUAUUUCAAAAAAUUACAUGUCCUGAAUGCACCUACGGCCUCGACUUCAACAACCGAAUCUAUUGCGGCGACAACCUUAACAACCGCAUUAAAAAAAGUGAAAACGAAAUUAGCGCCAAGUUAUCCAGUGUCGAAUAAAAAUUCAUUUGAAGCCCAAUUUCUAAAACGUACGCUAAACCAUACCACGGGUAGCGGUAGUAUUAGUACAAAUAAUCAUUCUUACAGUAACAACCAAAAUGAAUAUACUAAUAAUAGUAGUAGUAAUAAUCACAACAACCAAAACAACAACAACAGCAACAACAACCAAGUGAAGGAAUUAGAAACAAUAACAACAACACCACAAACACCACCAAUCUAUGUGACAAAUUUCAUUAGCGAUCAAAGUAAACGUUUAUCAUCCAUAGUACAACAGCAACAAAAACAACAGCAUCAACUGCAGCAAAAGCAGCAAACAAGAACUCAACAAAAAACAUCAACAGCAACAACAACGAGAAAGCCUAAAAUUAAAACACAAAAACUCAUAAGAAGACUACGAACACAAAUUAAAUAA